AUGGGUGUGCUAAGUUGUGGCCACGAAAAGGGGCAUGUGAGUGGCCUAUUGCUUACAAGUCGCUCGCGUAAAGAAGGGGUUGUGGGCCCAUACGAGAGGCGCCCGGCAUGGUGCGACCGUGGGGUGCGGUUGGGCGAUGGGUCUACUACACGCGAGUGGCUAUUGUACAAGAGUUGGUUGGCAAGAAAUAGGAAGGAGGCUCGUGAUGUUGGGGUCGUUGUAAAGGUUAUAGGUAAGAGAAAGGCGUUGCAUGGGGCUUGA